GAGGACUCCGUGGAGGCAAGGAAGUAUGGAGAUGCGCUGUCGAUGCAGCUAGGAUCGUUCGCGCGGCGCUUGUGCUCUCUCGUUCGAGAUGUAGCUCUCUUUGUGCCACCUGUUCUCGUCUUGUUAAGGCUCUUAUAAUUUGUUGUUGACAUAAUUACUAAGUUAGUAACACUAGGACAACUAGCGUAGUACGCACUAGGUGUAGUGCCCAUGGCGUUUUUCCUAGUUGAACUAGUACUCGACCCUUGCUAGGUCGUGUAGGUAGCUCAUACAUAGAAUGAUAAAGAUAUAUUAGAAGUUAACUGAUGUGACAGCUCUAAUGCCAAACUCACGCUCGCCUGCUGCAGCCUUUACGGAUGAAAUCACACAGCCUUCAAGGAUGGAAGCGGGGAGUACAAGAGCAGAAAAAGCGCUAAAAGGAACAACACAAUACGAGUACUGG